AUGGCCACCACCACUUGGUCUUUGGUAGCUGCGUCGAGCCUGAUUGCCUAUGCGAUAGCACGCUCAGUCUACCUUCUUUACUUCCACCCUGCCUCCAGCUUUCCGGGGCCAAAGCUCGCCGCGGUCUCUUACGUUACUUACUGCUAUCAUUGGAUACGAGGGCGAUACCCAUGGUUUCAGGAAGAAAUGCAUCGCAAAUACGGGGAUGUUUUACGUGUCGGUCCGAAUGAGAUUGUCUUUUUCACGCCGCAAGCAGCCAUGGGUAAGUCAACCACUUCAGAGUUAUGUAUCAAACUCAACCCGUGUCGUGCUAGAUUCCAGAUGCCCGCCAUGAAGAACCAAGAACUUUUCGUUAAAACAGACGUCAUGGACUUUGGUGCCGGCGACUUGGGCUUUAUAUGGGAAUCAGACCCAGCGAAGCGCAAUGCUGUGGCAAAAAAAUUACUCCCUGCCUUCAGUUCUAAAGCUAUCAGAGAAAAGGAGCCAGUGGUUCAUAUGCACAUGGACCUUUUUGUUUCUAAAAUGAAAGAGCUAGGGAGUAAACCUGAAGGCCUCAUUUUGAACGAUUGGCUUGUUUGGCUCUGCGUAGACAUGGCAGCCGAUCUAGCCUAUAAUCGGGAAUUCCACCAUCUAAGAGAUGGCAAGACAUCUGAUUUCGUUGAGACCCUCCGUGGUACCAGCUUUGCCGGAACGUUAAUCCAGCUCUCUAAGAAGAUUUCCAUUAUAGGGCUAUUGGCGCCUUUCUUUGUGCCACUACGCAUCCUACGUACUAGCACAGCUAUCUUCAAAGCCAACAGUGAAGCAGUUAAGAUGCGUAUUAACAACCGAGGGAAGACGAGACAUCCUGAUUUCAUGGACUACAUGAUCUCGCCCGAUCAUCCCGAACCAAGCACCAAAAAGGAGCUCACACACAUCGAACAGGUUGCAUUACAGAUGUUCAUCGCUGGCUUUGAUCCCAUCCAGGUCACCCUCUUUGCAGCACUGUUUUUCCUCCUCAAAUAUCCGAACACUUGCGCUACUCUCACCAAAGAAAUCCGAGACUCGUUUAGUACCUACGAAGAGAUUACACCUAAUGCUCUGGUCAACCUGAAGUAUUUACAUGCGUUCAUCCAAGAAAGCAUGCGUACGCACCUAGCGGGAUCUAAUGGCAUGCCACGAGUAAGCCCUGGUGCUACUGUUAACGGUGUCUAUGUUCCUAAAGGAGUUGUUUGCCAGCUAAGUCCAUUAACUGCUAUGCGCCAUGAACGGUACUUUCGAGACCCUCGAGAGUUUCGCCCGGAACGCUGGCUACCACACGAUCAUCCUUUAUUUGACGAUCGAUAUUCCAAUGACCAUUUGAAAGCCUUCUUCCCGUUUGCCCUCGGCCCCAGACAAUGCACUGGCAGAGAGAUCGCGUGGUCACAACUUAGGUUGUUUCUAGGUAAAGUGUUAUGGACUUUCAACCUAGAGGGUGUGUAUGGACAUGAGAAAUCGUUCGACAAGGACUUUAGCGUUCAUGUCAUGUGGAACAGACCGGAAGUAUGUAUGCGGUUUUUGCCCGUUAGAGGAGAGAAACUGUAG